CUUGAUGAAAUGGACAUUAACCAACAAGAUGCAUGGAGCUUAUUAAAACAACACAUCUUGGAGAGACUUCAUCAGCGUGUCACACGUGCACUUCAACACAUGCCUCUGGAUAUAGACUAUUUGGAGUUCGUUUGCAAUCAAGAAAUGGUUUUCAUUGGCGCUCUUUGUGAACACAUCGAACUAUCGCAGGAUGUUACAGAGAGAUUGACAGAUUUGAACAAUGCAAUUCAACAGCACAGAAACAGCCAAGAACCAACGUCCAUUGAAAGAUCAUCAAAAAGAAGAUUGCGAAGGAUCGAUAUCUCCAUUGAACAUCUGAUUCAUCUCCUCGAAACUGGACUAUCUGUGAACACUAUUGCAAAGUUAUGGGGAGUGUCACAUGCUACACUGUUUCGGAGGAUGGCAGAAAACAAUUUAUCGGUCCGUAAUUUGUACAGUACAUGUACGGACGCAGAACUUGAUGUACUUGUCACAGAAAUAAAAGCCAGAAUGCCAAAUGCCGGAUAUCGUUUGGUAAAAGGAACCUUGAAGGCACAAGGACAUCACCUGGGAUGGGACAGAGUCAAAGCCUCAAUGCACCGAGUGGACAGCCUUGGAAUAUUAUCGAGAAUGACUCAGUUGGGGUGUGUUGUCCGGAGAACAUACUCAGUGCCCGGUCCAAAGUAUCUAGUGCACAUAGAUACAAAUCACAUGCUCAUCAGGUACAAUAUUGUCAUCUUUGGCGGCAUCGAUGGUUAUUCUCGCAAGUUAAUGUACCUGGGAGCAGCAAACAAUAAUCGAUCUGAUACCACCUUGGCUUUCUUCUCUCGUGGUGUUGAAGAAUUAGGGUAUCCACUUAGGGUGCGAGCGGACCAUGGCGGAGAGAAUAUUGGAGUUGCACGUCUGAUGUUGACUGUUCGAGGUCCAGAGAAUGGAAGCUUUAUUGCUGGCAAGAGUGUGCACAACCAAAGGUUUGUGUUUGGUCCAUGUCAACCUAAAAAAAAGUUAAACAUAGCAGAAAAUUAAAAAAAAAUGUUGCAUCUACUUCUACACAGGAUAGAAAGGCUUUGGCGUGAUUUAUGGAUGGGGGUCACAUGUGUGUUCUAAAACAAUCUACACUUACUGGAGGAGCAGAAUCUCUUGGACCUCAGCCACCCUCUUCACUUGUUUUGUUGUCACUAUGUUUUCUUGCCUCGCUUGCAAGUCAACCUUGACACCUUUCGCCAGGGAUGGGACAAUCACCCAUUGAGAACUGAACAGAACCUUACACCAAAUCAGCUUUGGGAGCUAGGACAAGAAAUGCAUCCAGUUGUUGAUCCAGAGGAACUGUAUUCAUUUUUAUUAUUUCAGUUUUUUUCCACAAUCUAUAACAUUAAUGCUACCAUAUGCAUGUGCAUGCAGAUCCCCCUAAUUGACUGGGAGAGCAGUGCCCUGGUUCCUGAUCCACAUGCUGAAGUGCAAGUACCAGAGUUUGACAACCCACUCGCAGAUGAUCAGAUGGAGCUGCUGCGGGAGAACAUUGAUCCCCUCCAGUCUUCAGAGUCUAGUGGAAUGGACAUUUAUCUGCAAACACUGCAGUACGUGGAAACAUUUCUUGUGACAAACUAGAAAUGAAUUUGUUGGAGUCCUGAUGAAAAAUAUUUUUUUAUGACUUGGUUUAUUGAAGACAGCACAAAAAUGUACAUAGUUUUACAUCAAAAGCAAAUAAAAUCACAUU